AAAAGGCUCUGCCUUUUCCAUGUCCCACCAGAGGGAGGAGAGCAGAGCAGAGAGAGAGGGACCGGAGGAAGAACAGCUGGCCAGGCGUGGAGCCUUUCUCCCUCCUCUGGAAAGGAGAGCCGGCUGAAGGUGUGGGAGACCGGCUGGUCGGCUGUUGCCUCUGCUCUCCAUCGGGCUUCGAUCUCUUUUUUUCCCCCCUCUUUGCCUGACCUUUCUGGGGAGGUGUGAAAAAGCCAUCCACAGCCCGACUGGACCUUUUUUUGGGGGGGACGGGCGCGUGUGGACCAUCGCCAUGGCCUUCACCAUGCUGAGGCCCAUGGCUGCCCACGUGCUCUACCCGGACCUCAGCCUGCUGUCGGAGGAAGACGAGGAGAACCGCAGCGAGAGCGAGGCCUCCGACCAGUCCUACGGCUGCUGCGAAGGCCGGCACAAGGUGGCCAGGAAGCCCGGCCAGGUGGUGGUGGUCAAGCAACGCCAGGCCGCCAACGCGCGGGAGAGGGACCGGACCCAGAGCGUCAACACGGCCUUCACCGCCCUCCGCACCCUCAUCCCCACCGAACCGGUGGACAGGAAACUCUCCAAAAUCGAGACCUUGCGCCUGGCCUCCAGCUACAUCUCCCACCUGGCCAACGUCCUGCUCCUGGGCGACGGGUGCGAGGACGGCCAGCCCUGCUUCAGGGCCAUCUACGGCGCCAAGGGCGAGGCGGAGGCCAAGCAGCCGAGGAGCAUCUGCACAUUCUGCCUAAGCAACCAGAGGAAGGGGAGCAACCGACGGGACAUCGGCGGGAACAACUGCUUGAAGGCAAGAGGUGCGAACCACCUGAAGGUGCUCCAGAGAUGAGCCCCGUGACCGUCUGUCCAAGAAGUCAGGGCAGGAUGGGAUUCACGCCUCAAAAGAGAACGGGGUCAAAUGUCCCCAGAUAGGACUGGGGGUGGGGGGAAUGGAGACCGGGGCUGUGCCUAGUGGUUAUGGAUAGAAAGCCCCACGUUGAAGGGGGGACUUCCACGUGGUGGACUCUGUGGAGAAACACGGAAGAAUGUGGGAACUGCCCACACAAUCGGACUGCAAGGCCAGGAGGACCCGGGGCAGCAGAGAGCAAGGGCCUCCAGGAAAAAUCAGCCUUCAGGGGGAAAAAAAACCUCCCCUUCUCUUGACCAGGAGCAGGGCGGAGGGCCUGGCAGGCGUUGGCUGUGUUGGUGGCGCAUGGAUCUCCAGCCUCCCUCCGACAGCGCAGGGCGGACGUGCGGAGCUUGACCGAGACAGAGCUUCUUGGCUGGUCUGUGGGAUCACGGGUGUUGUUAUUGUGUGCUUCUUCAGCAGGCUUGAAAAAUAAAGAUA